AAUACUACAACGCACAUGAUGCUUGGACUGGUGUGCUUAAUCUUGGGUUUGAUCUUGAACACAUCUCAGCUGUGCAAUGGUGGAUUGACCAGUAGCUAUGUGAGGAACAGUCUAUCGGCUGCGCCCAAUCCUGAAGAUGUUGAUAUGCCUUUGGAUAGUGAUGUGUUUAGGGUCCCCCAUGGUUCCAAUGCCCCCCAACAGGUUCAUAUAACACAAGGGGAUUAUGAAGGGAAGGGUGUGAUUAUCUCUUGGACCACACCAUAUAAACCUGGCUCGAACGCAGUGCUUUACUGGGCUGAGAAUAGCAGAGCUAAGAGAAUCGCAGUUGGCGAUGUUGUAACCUACAAGUAUUACAACUACACCUCGGGUUAUAUUCAUCACUGCACCAUCAAGGAUUUAGAGCAUGAUACAAAAUACUAUUACGAAUUAGGGUCGGGGAAUGCAAACCGGGUGUUUUGGUUUGUUACUCCUCCCAAACCGGGGCCUGAUGUUCCAUAUACAUUUGGUUUGAUAGGGGAUAUUGGUCAGACUUAUGAUUCCAACACCACAUUGACACAUUAUGAACAGAACCCGGCAAAAGGACAGGCAGUGUUGUUUGUUGGUGACCUCUCGUAUGCAGAUAGGUACCCGAAUCAUGACAACAACCGGUGGGAUACGUGGGGGAGGUUUUCAGAGCGAAGCGUUGCUUAUCAGCCUUGGAUUUGGACUGCGGGGAAUCACGAGAUUGAUUAUGCUCCUGAUAUUGGUGAAUAUCAACCUUUCAUACCUUUUACAAACCGAUAUCCUACUCCAUUUGAAGCAUCGGGGAGCGGUGAUCCACUUUGGUACGCCAUAAAACGAGCUUCUGCACAUAUCAUUGUCCUGUCUUCUUACUCAGGCUUCGCUAAAUACUCUCCACAGUAUAAAUGGUUUACGAGUGAACUAAAAAAAGUUAACAGGAGCGAGACGCCUUGGCUCAUUGUGAUGGUGCACGCUCCAUUAUACAAUAGCUAUGAAGCUCACUACUUGGAAGGGGAAGGCAUGCGUGUGAUAUUUGAGCCAUAUUUUGUCCAGUACAAAGUGGAUGUCGUGUUUUCUGGACAUGUUCACUCCUACGAACGAUCUGAACGCAUAUCGAACGUUGCAUACAACAUUGUAAAUGCAGAGUGCACGCCUGUAAGCGACGAAUCGGCUCCUGUUUACAUUACCAUAGGCGACGGGGGAAACUCAGAAGGAUUAGCCACCGAGAUGACACAGCCACAGCCAAGCUACUCUGCAUUUCGCGAGGCGAGCUUUGGGCAUGGAAUAUUCGACAUAAAGAACAGAACUCAUGCCUAUUUCUCGUGGCAUUGCAACCAAGAUGGGGCCUCGGUUGAGGCUGAUUCCCUGUGGUUUCUUAACAGGUACUGGGCUUCCAAGAAUGCAUCAUCUGUGUCUUCUGCAAGGUGAAAUCAUUCAUGAAGUAAAUAAGGUUGCUGUUUGUUUUGGUUGGUUUAAGAUUGUUGUUUGGCUGUUUGGUUCUCCUAGAGAUAUUCAUUCCCAAUAAUGCUUCUUCUGUAACAUACCUCUGAGGAGAAGCCUGAUGCCUAUACUGGUUUAUGUAACUCCUUAUCCUAUAUUAGAAAAACAAAUAAAUUCAUCGUCAGCAUUAUUGAGAA